AUGGCCUCGCCUGCCGAGGCAGAGACCUCGCCGCCGUCGACACCGUCCACCAUGUCCUGCGCGACGCCUCGGCCGCCGGUCGCCGGGCCAACCCUGAGCCCCGCGCUCCUCCGCGCGGCGCGCAGCGGCGACGAGCGGCGCCUCGUGAAGGAGCUCCUCGCGGACCCGUCCGCGCCCGACCUCGAGACCGCCGCCACCGCAGGAGGCAACACGCUCCUGCACGUGGCCGCGUCCGGCGCGCACGCGGCGCUGGCGACGCUCGUCCUCCGCCGUGCCCCCGGGCUCCUCGCCGCGCGCAACGCCGCUCUGGACACCCCGCUCCACCUCGCCGCUCGCGCCGGGGCACACAAGGUCGUCGCUCUCCUCGUCGCUUCCUCCCCACCCACCUCGUCCUCCCUGCGCGCCCUCACCCGCGCCACCAACAAGCGCGGCGAGACGGCGCUUCACGAGGCGGUGCGGGGCGGGCACGAGGCCGCCGCCCGUGCGCUGGCCGCUGCCGACUCGGGGCUCGCGGGGCUGUGCGGCGGCGCGGGGGAGACGCCCAUUUACAUGGCAGCGGCGGGAGGAUCCCUUGGGAUGGUGCGCAUUCUUCUCAAGUCAUACAGCAACGACGACGAUGACAAGCUGCCCAUAGUGGCUUCGUGCACGGGUCCGGGCAGGCGCACGGCGCUGCACGCCGCUGCGCUCACGAGCAACGAAAUGACACAGGAACUGUUGCAGUGGAACCCAGCACUUGCAAAAGAAAUUGACAGUUCAGGAAGUACUCCUCUCCAUUAUGUUGCAUCUGCUGGAAACAUUUCCGCACUGAAGCUGUUAUUGAGAUAUGAUACUUCUCCAGCCUAUGUCCCAGAUUCAAAUGGAUUGUUUCCUGUACAUAUUGCUGCUAAAAUGGGAUAUGGUCAACUGAUCUAUGAACUCUCCAAACACUGCCCAGAUUUUGAUGAGAAGCUUGACAGUAAAGGAAGAAACUUCUUACAUAUUGCUGUUGAGCAUAAGAAAUGGAAAGUCGUUUGGCAUUUCUGUGGUACCCCAGAACUCGACAGAGUGGUGAAUGCCAUGGAUUAUGAAGGGAAUACAGCUCUGCAUCUUGCAGUCAAGAAUGCAGACCAGAUGAUAGUGAGCCUUCUGAUGUCAAAUAAAGGUGCACUGCCAAAUAUAGUGAACAACCACGGCCUCACUGCCUUAGAUCUUGCGGUACUAGCCACUGAUAAAGGGAUCAGUUAUACACUGAAUCCACAGGUCAUUAUACUUCGCUGUUUAGCAUGGACAGGAGCUGUCCUUACUCCACGCCGCCUGGAUCAUUUCAUAGAUGAGUUCCACAUUGGGAGAGCCUCUGGAAACGAGCUAAAGAAAUUUAGCAACAUUGCACAAAAUUUAGUAGUUGGCUCGGUGCUUGUCUCAACAGUCACAUUUGCAGCAGUAUUCACUCUACCCGGUGGUAACAUAUCUGAUGGUCAUCCACACGCCGGUGCACCAAUUUUAUCACACAGAUACACCUUCAAGGCAUUUGUGAUGGCGAACACACUUGCAUUUGUCGGCUCCACGUUGUCCACCAUCUGGCUCACCUAUGCUGGAUCAGAGCAUGUUCAUCCACUGCUUCGUAAACUCUACAUGUUCUUCUCUGUAAUGUCUAUGGAGCAGGCGACGAGAAGUAUGGUUGCAGCAUUUGCACUGGGAGCUUAUGUUGUUUUGAGCCCAGUUAGUGAGCGGAUUGGCAUUGUGGUAUGCCUGUCUACCAUCGCCACCCUAUUGCUCCGUAACCCAUCUAACUGGCAGCUGGGCUUCCUGUUUAUGCCGAUAAAGAGGAGAUUGGGGUGGAGAGGAGUGUUUAAAGCCCAUUUGCCGCAACAAACAAGGAGCCGGCUUACAGUAGGUGUUGGCUCCAAUUUUGCAUGCUUAUUCCUACGAAGGAUGCUUGGUAUGCUAUUUACAUACAGCUUCAUCUUUCUCUUAGCAUUGCUAUGAACUGCGCAAUGGGUGUUCCUCAAAGGUGUAACAUACUAUAUGCGUUUAUAUAGCUGCCUUUUUUUAUGUGCUGAAGUGGUUGAAGUUGCUCCUAA